AUGCCAUUCCACGCAGAACCCCUCCAGCCCUCAGAGGAAAUCGACAUGGACCUCGAGCACUCCCUGGCCGCCCAGAAAUUCAAGGAGGUCAGGGCUGUGCUCGAAGGCAACAGGUGGUGGGCCAGGCGAGUCCACGCGGAAGAGCCCCAGUUCUGUGAGGAGCAAGUCAAGGGCCAGGCCCCCAACUUCCUCUGGAUUGGCUGUGCCGACUCUCGAGUGCCCGAGGUCACGGUGAUGGCCCGUAAGCCCGGAGAGGUCUUUGUCCAGCGAAACGUCGCCAACCAGUUCAAGCCCGAGGACGACUCUUCUCAGGCUCUGCUCAACUACGCUAUCAUGAACGUCGGAGUAACCCACGUCAUGGUCGUCGGCCACACUGGUUGCGGUGGUUGCAUCGCCGCUUUCGACCAGCCUGCCCCCAAGACUGAGGACGGCGCUGGUGCUGCUGGUACUCCCCUCGUGCGAUACCUCGACCCCAUCAUCCGGUUGAGGCACUCUUUGCCUGAAGGCAGCGACGUGAACGACCUGAUCAGGGAGAAUGUCAAGAUGAGCGUCAAGAACGUUAUCGACAGUCCGACCAUCCAAGAAGCUUGGGCCAAGAACAGGAAGGGAGAGUUCCGCCCAGUCUACGUCCACGGUUGGUUGUAUGACCUUUCCACCGGCUACAUUAUCGACCUCAACGUCACCGAGGGCCCCGAACCCAUUGUCGACCACCGAGUCACCCCAGAGACCGCUCCCGUUGCUAACGGCGCCGAACCCCCCACUCCCGCUGAAGAGUCUGAAGCGUUCGGAGCCACUCCCAUUCUUGCUUAA